AGAAUAAUGUCAAUUUAUUAUGACUUAUUUUGAUUUGUCUAUAAUGUUGAUAAGGAAGUUUUAAAUUUAGACAUAAUGGAAUCAAGUACAAGUAAAUUGGGUGAUAAUAUAUCUGAUGUUGAAUAUACCGACGAUGAUGAAGAAAGAAAUGAUAAUACGAAAUCGUCAAGGAAGGAAAAUAGCAAAUUACCUUCCCAUCUAAAAGGUUUGAUGGGUGAAGCUAAUUUGAGAUAUGCGAGAGGUGAUUUAGAUACCGCGAAAAAAAUGUGUUUCGAAGUAAUAAGACAAGCUCCAGAUGCGUACGAACCCUAUUUGACUUUAUCCCAAAUGUACGAAAACGUUAAUAUGAAAAAAUAUAAAGCGUAUUUAAUGCUAGCUAGUCACUUAGGUCCGCAGAAUAUAGCAAUUACGUGUCGAUUAGCCGAAUUGUGUUUACAUGAUGGUGACAUAGACGAAGCAAUCAAAUGCUAUUCUAGAGGUAUAAAACACAAUCCGCAAAGCUUGUUUUUGCAUAGAAAACGAUUGGAAUUAUUGGAGAAAAAAGGUGAUGAAAAAAAUAGUUUGAUGGCGAAACAAACGAUGGCUAAUAACAUUAAAGAGAAAUAUAGUGAUAUUAUCAUUGAUUCGGUAAUGGAGGUAGCAAAAGAGCACUAUAAAAAUAAAAAUUACAUAAGAUCUAUCGACGUAUUGAGGAUACCGAUAAGAAGAAUCCCCGAUAAAGUUAAUCAUGAUAUAAUAAAUGUUCUAUUAGAAGUUUUAUUAAUUAGUGGUCGUUAUUCUGAUUGUUUGGAUAUUUUUACACAAUUUUGUGGGUUUGUUUUCGACGUUACUGUAACUGACGAAAACUCGAUAAUUAUUAAUUCUUACGAAAUUCCUGAUAAUUUACCGUUAGAUUUACAUAUUAAAUUUAUAUCAUGUUUAGUGAAACUUCGAUCGCAACAUUUAUUUCCGGAACUUGUUAAUAAAAUGUUGAUUGAUUUAGACGUCGAAGUUUUCGGGGAUUUAUAUUUAGAUGUAGUGGAAUCGCUCAUUUCCGUCGGUUACUACGAAGAAGCGUUAAAAUUACUAGUUCCUUUGGUGAAAAGUAAAGCGUAUUUCGCCGCAGCGAUUUGGCUUAAAUACGCCGAAUGUUUGGCUCAUUGUAAUAUGAUCGAACAAGCGAUAGACGCGUAUUUUACUGUGAGGUAUUUAGCACCGUCGCACAUCGAGGUUUUGUACCCGUUAGCGAUGUUAUUGUUGAAAGAAAAUAAAAAAGACGAAGCUUUAAAAGUUAUGUCUCAAGAUGUCGAGCAGAAUAAAUUAGACGUACGGGUGUUGUUGGAAAAAAUGAAAUUGUUAAUACAAUUGAAAGAUUGGGAAAGUUACUGGAAAAGCGUGGAAUUAUUAUUUUCCAGACAUAGUAUCGUUCUUAAACACGACGAAGAACUCAAAUUGAUUCUAACUAAAGAUAGGUAUCAAGAAAAAGUUGUUCGAUUAAAAAAAAUGAGGAAAUUUAGAAACGAUAAUACGAACGUCGAAAGUAAUUUCGAAGCAAUCGGGGAACUUAACCGCGACGAAGAAUAUCAAAUAUACAAAGAUAUUUUGCAAUUAGCUUUGGAUAAGAGGGAAUAUUGUUAUCUGCAAAAGUUUAUUUUCAUGGGAUUCGUUUCGAGAACCUUUCCAAGAGAUUGUCCUGAUACAAAUAUAAUUGCAGCUUUUGCUUGUUUAUUAACAAACGAUACUUAUCACGGAUUCACAAUAUUAAGAGAACUACUAAUAAAACAUCCCUGCAACAAUUUAGUUUGGAAUUGGUUCGGUCUUUUGACAUCGACUUUGGAAGAUGUGCGUUUUUUGAAAUUUUUAGAUAGAAGAUCGAAAGAAUUCGUUAGCGAGAAUCGAAAAAUUGUGAUGGCAAAUUACAAUUUAUCUGUAGGGAGUUAUAUAGCGACUAUAAAUUAUUAUUUGAAAAGUUUCAAGCGGUCGAAAUCGAUUUUUUCGUCGUUCAUGUUGGCGGUAUCGAUGCUUCAGUAUCAUUGUCAGAGAAACCUUAGUAAAAGUAUGAAAAAAUUAAUGGCGGAAAGCGUUAGUUAUUUAUUUUUAAAAUACGCCAAACAUCGUCAUCCUUUGGCGAAACAAGAGGUGUAUUAUAAUUUGGGUAGGAUGUACCAUCAAUUGGGCGUCAUGUAUUUGGCGGAAUAUUAUUAUAACAAAGUAUUUAAAGUCGAUAACGAAUUUUUGGAAAAGUAUCCAGAAAUUGUUUGUUUGAAACGAGAAGCUGCUUUCAAUUUACACGUUAUUUAUAAAAGUUACGGCAAUUUGAUAGCCGCUAGGGAUAUUUUGUAUAAAUACGUUAUUAUAUAAAAUUAAUCAUU